AUGAAUGUGAAGCGAAACCAGCAGCCGAUGGAAUCGUGUGUUCAGGGGACGAGUGAUGAACGUCGGCGUGCUAAGGUGGGAUUGCGGCCUGUCGUGAUUCCCGUCGCGCGGAGAGGAAAAUGGCCCAGGUUUUCCCCGUGCACUGGGCCAACAUCGCUGAGCAAUGGUUUGUCCACCCCUCCCAAUUAUCCCCAGUCAUCUCAAGCAAGCUACAGUCGAGCGCCGACCAUCAAAGUAGUGGAUUCUUCCCAUAGAUCGUGUGGAGUGAAGGGACCCGUGGAAAAUGGUGGUUAUUGUUGGACACCUUUUAAGAACACCCAUUGA